UUCAAGGACUUAUAAAAGGAAUAACCCUUACAAGUUAUAAUUCUCACUAUCUCUCCCUAAAACCCUCUCCUGUCUGUCUGUGGGAGCUUGUGGGCUCUGUUCCUCUUACAAGAUAGACGGCCAUGGAAAACUCACAGAAGAAGCAAGUGUUCCUAUUCUACUGCGCUGAAUGUGAAGACCUUGCUCGACAGGUCGCUUCUCAGUCUGACCACAUAACCCUCCAGACCAUCAAAUGGAGGACUUUUGAUGAUGGAUUUCCGAACAUUUUUAUAAACAACGCACAAGACCUUCGAGGCCAACAUGUUGCCUUUCUUGCAUCAUUUAGCUCUCAAGGAGUUAUCUUUGAACAGCUUUCUGUAAUAUAUGCACUCCCCCGUCUGUUUGUUGCAUCGUUCACAUUAGUUUUGCCUUUCUUUCCAACUGGUUCCUUUGAACGAAUGGAAGAAGAAGGGGAUGUAGCAACUGCAUUUACCAUGGCAAGAAUGUUGUCCAAUAUUCCCAUAUCAAAAGGUGGCCCAAACAGUGUACUCAUCUAUGACAUACAUGCUUUACAGGAAAGAUUUUAUUUUGGGGACCAUGUUUUGCCUUUGUUUGAGACUGGAAUUCCACUCUUGAAGCAGUGUCUCCACCAGCUUCCCGACUCUGAUAAGAUAGUUGUUGCAUUUCCUGAUGAUGGAGCAUGGAAGCGAUUCCACAAGCAGUUGGAUCACUUUCCCAUGGUGGUGUGUAAUAAGGUUCGUGAAGGUGACAAGAGGAUAGUUCGGAUCAAGGAGGGAAAUCCUGCUGGUUAUCAUGUAGUCAUUGUUGAUGACUUGGUGCAAUCUGGCGGCACCUUGAUCGAGUGCCAGAAAGUUUUGGCUGCUCAUGGUGCAGCCAAGGUUAGCGCUUAUGUCACCCAUGGUGUAUUAUGUCAUCUUUGUAAUUGUAAUUUCUGUGUUCCUUAUUGCCAGUUGAUUUGAUUUUCAGAAGGCUCGGAGAAGGCAUUCGCCUACUUUUGGAUCACGGAUUCCUGCCCGCUUACUGUCAAAGCCGUGGCAAAUAAAGCUCCUUUUGAGGUGUUAAGUCUUGCAGGUUCCAUUGCUGAUGCUCUACAGAUUUGAACGCAUGCACUAAAAAAUACAGUUAGACAAUUUGCAAUACUUAUGACAUCAUUAUUCUGCCGGCAAGUUCUGAUAUAAGUAGGUGAUUUCACAUUUUAUGUUACUAAUGAGUCAUGACACAUGACUGAAAUUCGGAUUGCUUCUAGAAUUCCGCAUUUAACGUUAGAACUUGCCCUGUUGUAACUCUCAGCUUUAUAAUGCGUUCACAAAGACAAUAAUUUAGUUGAGUUUGUGCC